AUGAUAGAUGUUAAUCUACAUCCAGCAGGUGUCCCUGUUUGUGACCGCUGGUUGUCUCUGCCUGAUGAGCUGUGGCUGUCCAUCCUGUCUCUGCUUCCUCAUGGUGAUCUGUGCAGAGUGCUGCAGGUCUGCAGCCGCCUGCACACCCUGGCCACUGAUCACUCACUCUGGAGGAAUCUGAGAAUUGAAAACUCCAACCUAACAGACCGGUGGCUUCUCUGUGUGGGCAGACGUCAUCCCCGCAGUCUGUGUCUGUACAGCUGCAGUGGCCUGUCUCUCUCCUCUUGUGGGCUGGAGAUGUUUUUCACUCUGUGUAGAGACUUUCUGAAGGAACUCAAGGUCACAAGUUGCACUGGUCCUUGCCUCCAUGGGGACCAGAUGUUGCCUCUGAUUGGUCAGCUGUGUCAUCAUGUGACCAGUGUGGACAUGAGCUGGAGUGGAGCAACAGACAUAGGAGUGAAAGCUCUGAGUGACUGCUGCCCAGGGUUGCGGCUAAAAUCCGUUGUUCUGAACGGCUGUCAUGUCACUGAUGACCCACUGAUUAAACUUGUCACGUGGCACAAAGAAACUCUGUGCAGAUUGGAGGUCUUUGGCUGUCAGUUCCUUACUCCAUCCUGUCUACAGACAGCAUAUGAGAUGUGUCCUGGUCUUAAGCAUCUUAACAUCGGACAGGUGCCAAAAGUCAACCCACACAGUCUCACAGUGAUGACAUCACAGCUCAAACGCCUCAUUUCACUAAAUCUCACUGGACUACAUGUGGUUACUGAUGCCGCUGUGGACACAUUGCUUCAGAACUGUGUUGAACUUCAGAGUUUGGUCUUCAGUUCAUGCCCUGGAGUCACUGACCUGGCACUGCACAGCAUCCGCAAAUACACACCUUGUAUCAGAUCACUGGACGUGAGUGGCUGUAAGGCAGUAACAGAUGCAGGAGUUCAAUCUUUAGCUCUGGGGUGUAGAAGACUUCAGCAGCUGGAUGUCAGCUCCACUGGCACAGGAAACAGAGGAGUUACUCUGCUGGCAAAUUACUGCAGCAGAUACCUCCAUACUGUCAAACUCAGUUUCUGCCGCAUCACCUUAGAGAAUAUACUGAAGCUCUGCAGAUGCUGCAAGAGGUUGAAGGUGCUGCAUCUCUAUGGCUGUGCCAGUCUCCCCGCUGAGAGAGAGAUCCGAGAGGUUAACACUACUGUUAAAGUUUACCCUCUGCCCUCACUCACACACCAACAUCUGCACACACCUGGACAGAUACACACAGCCUAUUGAAGUGCAAAAUAUAACUAUGAGUAAAGUGAUCCAAUAAAG